AUGGGUGUAAAUGAUGGCGAUGAUAAACUUGUGUUUGAAACAUCCGAGGAAUGUUCGGUUAUAGAAUCAUUUGAUGCUAUGGGUCUCAAGGAGGAAAUUCUUAGAGGAGUUUUUGCCUAUGGAUUUGAUAGACCCUCUGCUGUACAACAAAGAGCUAUUAAACCUAUCCUUUCUGGCCGGGAUAUAAUAAUUCAAUCACAAAGUGGUACAGGGAAGACCUGUGUUUUUUGUAUCGGAGCUCUAGAAGCUGCAGAUCCUACGCUGAGAGAGACACAAGUGUUGUUAUUAUCACCAACAAGAGAACUGGCGGAACAAUCACAAAAAGUUUGUUUGGCCCUAGGUGAUUAUUUGAAUGUGCAAAUUCACUGUUGUAUUGGUGGAAAAAAGUUAUCGGAUGAUAUUAAAGCUUGUGAAUCAGGAGUACAAAUUAUUUCUGGUACCCCUGGUCGUGUUUCGCACAUGAUUAACCAAAGACAUCUUAACACUAGGCACAUUAAGCAGCUAAUACUCGACGAAGCUGAUGAGAUGUUAAAUAGAGGAUUUAAGGAACAAGUAUAUUCUAUAUACCGUUAUUUGCCGCCUAGUACGCAAGUGGUAGUAGUUUCUGCUACACUUCCCCAUGAAAUCCUAGAAAUGACCUCAAAAUUUAUGAACAAUCCCCUCCGCGUGUUAGUUAAACGUGAUGAAUUGACCCUGGAAGGGAUUAAACAAUUCUUCGUAUCCAUUGAGAAAGAGCAGUGGAAAUAUGACACGCUAUGCGAUUUAUACGAGUCAUUAAUUAUCACCCAAGCUGUUGUGUUUUGCAACACCAAGGCCAAAGUAGAUUGGCUGGCUAAGCGUAUGGAAGAUAACAAUUUUACAGUCUCAAAAAUGCAUGGAGAUAUGACCCAAAAGGAAAGGGACGAGAUCAUGAUCCAGUUUCGUAAAGGAGAAACUCGAGUAUUGAUAUCAACCGACCUUUGGGGUCGAGGUUUGGAUGUUCAACAGGUUUCACUGGUUGUAAACUAUGAUUUGCCCAAUAGUAGAGAAAGUUAUAUUCACCGCAUAGGAAGGUCAGGUCGAUUUGGGCGAAAGGGAGUUGCCAUUAAUUUUGUAAAAGAUGAUGACAUUAGGAUUUUGAGGGAUAUUGAACAAUAUUAUUCAACGCAGAUAGACGAAAUGCCCAUGAAUAUUUCUGAACUACUUUAA